UGUAACGAGCAGUUGGAUACUGGUGAGCUCGCCGAUGCCAGCUCUCGCCACAGUCCUCGUCUACCUCGUCUUGGUGCUGUACGUGGGUCCACGGCUCAUGGCUGGUCGGAAGCCGCUGCAGCUACGCAAAACCAUGAUGAUAUAUAACGUUUUCCAGGUCUUAUUCAACUGUUGGAUGUUGUAUAUGACGUUAGCAACCACAGACGCCUUUAAAUACAUGGUCAACCACAGCUGUAGGCCGGCCAAGGUUGAUGACCUUCGGUACACGUUUCACAUAUACUCCUGGUGUUAUUUUGUAUCCAAAAUUAUUGACUUGCUCGACACGAUGUUUAUGGUGCUGAGGAAGAAAGAUUCCCAUAUCACGUUCCUGCACCUGUAUCACCACGUCAGCAUGGUCUUGUUUACAUGGGUCAGCGUUAAAUAUAUUCAAGCUCAGCAAGGUGCACCACCUGCUCUGCUGAACAUGUUUGUACACGUCAUCAUGUACGGAUACUACUUCCUGGCGAGUCUAGGGCCCUGGAUCCGUCCGUACCUGUGGUGGAAGAGAUAUCUCACCGCUUUUCAGCUGAGUCAGUUUUUCUUGAUCAUCCUAUACCUGGCGAUCCUCCACUACCACCGAUGCUACGUGUCUCAAGCCUUCAACGCCAUCUGGAUCACCAAUGUUGCUGUCAUCGCAGCAUUCUUCGUCAACUUCUACAUCCAAACGUACUUGAAAAAGCCUCGAUCUGGAGACAAAAAAGUACUAUAGAUCGUUGGAAAAUUUCCAUUGUGUCCAACACAUUUAUAUUCGUCUUGUAUAUUGUAUUGUUAAUAAAACCCUGUUUUACUUUAA